UGUACGGGCUGUGGUAGAGACAUUAAGAAUGGUCAGGCUCUCUUAGCUCUGGAGAGACAGUGGCACCUGGGCUGCUUCAAGUGUAAGGCCUGUCAAAAGGUCCUCACCGGGGAGUACAUCAGCAAGUAAGUCUAACACAACUAUUAUACACACAACAUGCUUACACACAAAAUGGAAUACACACAUAGUAUACUUGCAGACAAAGUAAAACCCGCUAUUCUAUUCUACUCUAUUCUAUUUUUAUUCUAUACACAUAACAUACACACAUUAUACUUGCAGACACAGUGAAAGAUAUUAUUCUAUGUUAUCCUAUUCUAAUGCAGUCUAUCUGUAUUCUCCUAUCUCUUUGCACAGGGAUGGCACACCCUAUUGUGAGAAGGACUACCAGAUCCAUUUUGGGGUCAAGUGCGAGGCGUGCCAGCAGUUUAUCACAGGCAAAGUGCUG